CGAGCAGAGGAGAAGCGCUUUGGGGCGUCCAGUCCAGGGAGGGAUGCUGCAGCCGGAGCCGGGCCGGGGCGGGCCGUGGGUGCUGCUCCAAGCACAUGACCUGUUCUGUAGUCCUGACAGCGUGGGAGCGCGAGAGCCUGCUCGGGGAGAAAACUAGCCGGCGGGAAGGAGGCCGGAGAUGGGACAGCAGAGCCGAAGCAGCUUAGAGCAGAGGACACAGAGAUGGAGGGAGUGACCAAGAGACACUAACGUAACAGAACACAAAGGAUCAAUAAGCACAGUGUCAACCUCUGUAAGGAAACAGCAGGGAAGCCCCGCCGCCUGUCAGACUGGAAAAGAUCGGAAACCAGCGGUGCGAGGAGGAGGGGAAGCCACUCUCCCAGCGCUUCACCUCACGCGGGGCUCGGGAGUCCUGACAGCGCACGGGAGUUUCCGGGUCGAAAGCCCGUGCCCUUUGACCCGGAAGUGCAGGCGGGCGGGGCGGUGCCAAGGCGAGAGUGCCUCGCGACACAGCCGUAAAGGCGCGUGGGAGCGCAGCAUGGCGCUGUACGCGACGGCGGCGACGGUGCUGGCAGCCGUGGAGGGCCGACGGGGCUCCAUCAAGGGGCUGGUGUACGCCAGCAGCUUCCAGAACGUCAAGCAGCUGUACGCGCUGGUGUGCGAGACGCAGCGCUACUCCGCCGUGCUGGACGCCGUGAUCGCCGGCGCCGGCCUCCUCCGCGCCGAGAAGAAGCUGCGGCCGCACCUGGCCAAGGUGCUCGUGUACGAGCUGCUGCUGGGGAAGGGCUUCAGAGGGGGCGGGGGCCGCUGGAGACCUUUGCUGGAGCGGCACCAGGCCAGGCUGAAGGCUGAGUUGGCGCGGCUCAAGGUUCAGCGCCGGGUGAGCCGCAACGAGGACCUGUUGCAAGUGGGAUCCAGGCCUGGCACGGCCUCGCAGGUGCCUCGGUUCGUGCGCGUGAACACCCUCAAGACCAGCCCUGAUGAUGCAGUAGAUUAUUUCAAGAGACAAGGUUUCUCCUACCAGGGUCGGGCUUCCAGCCUCGAGGACCUGCGGGCCCUCAAAGGGAAGUGCUUUCUCCUGGACCCCUUGUUGCCAGAGCUGCUGGUGUUCCCGGCCCAGACGGAUCUGCACGACCACCCCCUGUACCGGGCCGGUCACCUCAUCCUGCAGGACAAGGCCAGCUGCCUCCCGGCCAUGCUGCUGGCCCCGCCCCCGGGCUCGCACGUCCUGGACGCCUGCGCUGCCCCAGGCAACAAGACCAGUCACUUGGCCGCUCUGCUCAGGAACCAGGGGAAGAUCUUUGCCUUUGACCGGGACGCUGCGCGGCUGGCGUCCAUGGCUACCCUGCUGGCCCGGGCUGGAGUCUCGUGCUGCGAGCUGGCGGAGGAGGACUUCCUGGCGGUCUCCCCCUCUGACCGGCGCUACCGUCAGGUCCAGUACAUCUUGCUGGACCCUUCUUGUAGCGGCUCAGGAAUGCCAGCCAGACCGCUGGAGGAGCCCGGGGCAGGCACCCCGAGCAAGGCGCGCCUGCAGGCCCUGGCCGGCUUCCAGCAGCGAGCACUGCGCCACGCGCUUAGCUUCCCCUCCCUGCAGCGCCUGGUCUACUCCACGUGCUCCCUGUGCCAGGAGGAGAACGAGGACGUGGUGUGGGACGCCCUCCAGCAGAACCCAGGGGCCUUCAGGCUAGCUCCCGUCCUACCCUCCUGGCCCCACCGAGGCCUCGGCACUUUUCCAGGGGCUGAACACUGCCUCCGGGCCUCCCCCGAGACCACGCUCACUGGUGGCUUCUUUGUCGCUGUUCUGGAACGGGUCGAGGUGUCAAGCUCGGUCCCCGAGGCUGAAGCAGCAGCACCUGAACUCCGGGCCGGUGCUGCCCGGCGGAGGAAGAGGAGACGGCGCCGGGCCCCGGCUCCAGGCACGCCACAGGUCCGCGGAGCCGAGCCCGCUCCGGGGGCCAGUUAGAGCCUGGGCCUCUGUGCGGCUCAGCCCGCAGUCCUGCGUGACAGCUCCGUCCUUCCUACUGCCUGGUCACCGCUCUAGGAAGGAAAGCGGUAACCCUGGCUCUCCAGCGCGGGACACAGUGGACUUCCUUGUCCUGGGGCCCCUCCCUGGGCCGUGUCCCUGCCGGGGAGGGAGUGCCGGCCCGGCCGCGGAAAUAAAAGGCAGGACAUGGUCCACAAUAGA